AUGGCCCCAGGGAUCGGCCGAGUGGAGCCCUGGGGGCGGAGGGCCGGGUUCAAUCUGCAAGACCUGAAAAAUGAGCUGGAGAAGAGGCAGGCGAAAAAAACCCCGGAGAUUUCCCACCCGGACACCCCGGCAGAGGGGCAGGAAGAGAAGGAUCAGCAGCUGGAAGUGAAAAGCUCCUUCAGCAGAUGUGGAAAAGUGACUUUCCAGCUGCCCCUGGAUGCGGCUCCGGAGCCAGAGGAGCGAGUUUGUCACUUCUCAUGGAGGAGCAGCGCCCUGAAGGAAACCCUGAGGAAGCUCCAAGCCAGCGUGACCCUGGACCCCAACACGGCUCAUCCCGACCUCGUGGUGUCCGAGGACGGGAAGAGCGUCUGGCACGGAGCCGGACACCGCGACCUCCCGGACAGCCCGGAGCGCUUUGACUACUGGCCCUUCGUGCUGGGCCACCAGGGCUUCGUGGCCGGGCGGCACUGCUGGGACGUGGAUGUGGGGGACGGCGGCGACUGGGCCGUGGGGGUGGCCCGGGAAUCCGUGCGGAGGAAGGGGCGGCUCAGCCUGGGCCCCCAGGGCGGCAUCUGGGGCCUGGAGAAGUGGGGGGGACAGAUCCGGGCGCUGACCGGCCGCAAGGUGACCCUGGUGGCCCUGCGGUGGCUGCCCCGCAGGGUCAGCGUCCACCUGGACUGCGGCGCGGGCACCGUGGCGUUUUUCGAUGCCGAGGACGGGGGGCUCCUCUUUGUCUUUUCCCGUGUGUCCUUCUCCGGGGAGAGGGUCCGGCCCUGGCUCUGGGUGGUGGGGGCCAGGUCCCAGCUCCGGCUCUGUCCCUGAGGGAAAAACGCCCCCGAUUUUCACAAUCUCGGGGGGAAGCUGGGGGAGCCCCUGGGGCAGCUUUGUGUUUCCUUCUCUGCCGGGGGAAGGGAGAAACUUGGGAAACCUGGGAAAAACGAGGCAAAAGAGGGGGACGAAGCUGUGGAGAAGGGACUGUGGGCCAGAGAAAUGGGAAACAGUGGGAAAAACGGGAAAAAUCAGGAUGGAAAGGCUUUCCUGACUGGCUGUAGAUAAUCCCAUCUGAGCUGGUCACCUCCAAACAAAGGGCUCCAAAUUACAUUUUUUUUUAGGCUUUUUCCCAACCUCCAAUGCAUGGAAUUGCCCUAAAGCAGCCCUUUUCCCCCUGGAAAAGGUCCCCAGGGGACCAGGUCUGUGGCUUCCGUGAUUUAUAUCAUUAAUAAUA